UAAGAUUCAAUCUACAAGAGACAACUGUUGCUAGGGGUCCCAUUACCCAAGUAACCGGUGAUUGUUUACAUUGGUCUAGUGGCUGCAGCGUGACUAUGGCUGGUUUCAGAGGGCUAAACUGCUGACAGACCAUGUCAUUUCCCCUAUGUGGAGUCUCUCCUUCAGUCUGUGGGUUUGCUGUUUGUCUGGGCCCUGCAGUUGGACUACAAGGUUGAGCGCUCAAGGCCGAAGAAGAGUAGGUUUCCAUGGAGUCUGGCUGUACAUGUGUGUGACACUGGAGUUGCAGGGUCCACCUGUCCUCCCAUGUUGGAACAUUUCUAACCAUCAGCAGCAAUCUACACCAUCAUGUCCUCUGCAUGCUGGGUGGAGCCCAGCAGUGAGGGCCAGGCGGAGGAGACCGGACUGCAAAAGCAACAAGGGGAAGGAGCAGAGACGGAGGAACUAGUGGAGGUUCCCUGUGGGGACAACCGGCCCACGGGAAGCCUGAGGCACGAGGAGGAGCCUGGAGGAGAACAGCCUUCGUCACCUGACCAUAGUGGCGUGCAGGAAGUGACAUCAGAAGGUGGACUGGAGCAGGUCCAGAGGGAGGAGACGAAGACUCAGGAAAAGAGAGAGAGGUUUUCCCACAUCACUUUCAACCAGGAAAGCCGGAAUAGAGGGUCAGUAUCAGGUGCUUGCCUGGUGGAGCGAUACCUCCGGAGGUCCUUCCCCAGGGGCUUGUCGACUUGCUCCAACCCAGCCAGGGACAAGGAGCGGCAGGCAGAAGAGCCCCGGGGGCCUGGGCCUUUCUACUUCUUUGGAGGAGCCAAUGGGGCUGAAAUAGUGAGCAGUUACUGUGAAAGCAGAGGAUGGAAGAGGAUUUACAACAAGCACAGGGAGGAUUUCAAACUCAAGUGGUGUGAGACCAAAUCGCCAGUCAACUACUGUAACUUCAGAGAAGGUGAACAGCUGGUUUACCAGAUUCCCAACAACAAGGUCCUCACCACUAAGAUCGGUCUCCUCAGCAGCCUGCGGGAGUACGAGCGGGUCAGCAGCAAAGUCAACCACGGUCGAGGACUGAGGAGGCUGAAAAUGGAAGAGUUCAUUCCCACCACCUUUCGCAUGGAUGUGAGGGAAGAGAGAGAGGCUUUCUUUGCCCAGCAGGAGGGUGUGAGCAACAACGAGAGUCACAUGUGGAUCUGUAAGCCCACGGGUCUGAACCAAGGCAGAGGAAUCUUUCUGAUGAAGAGUCAGGAGGAUGUAGCCGCCCUCGAACUGAAGCUGCAGCACAUAGAGGACAGCCGGGCCAGCGGGAAGAUGCACCAGCGCCAGCCUCAGGCUCGCAUUGUCCAACAUUACAUCCAGAGUCCUCUGCUCCUGAAGGGGAAAAAGUUUGAUGUGCGCUCUUACCUUCUGAUCGCCUGCACUGUACCUUACAUGGUCUUCUUUCGCCAUGGAUAUGUGCGACUGACCUGUGACCUCUAUGACCCCAGCUCCAACAACCUCUCUGCCCACCUGACCAAUCAGUACAUGCAGAAGAAGAACCCUCUGUACAGCCAGCUAAAAGAGGACACUGUGUGGUCCAUGGAGAGCUUCAACACUUACGUCAACGACAGGUUUCGGGUUGCCAAGGGUCUGCCCAGGGACUGGGUGCUGGGCGCCUUUGCAAAGCACAUGCAGCAGAUCAUGACGCAGUGUUUCUUUGCAGUCAAAUCCAAGUUAGACCGCCGACUGGGCUUCUUUGACUUGAUUGGCUGCGACUUCAUGGUCGACGACGACUUCAAGGUAUGGUUGUUGGAGAUGAACUGUAAUCCAGCUCUCCAUACCAACUGUGAAGUGCUGAAGGAGGUGAUACCCAGCACUGUUGUGGAGACACUGGAUUUAACCCUAGAGAUCUUCAACAAGUGUCGUCUCGGGCAGAGGAUGCUUCCUUUGGUCAGUCAGAGGGAGUUUGUGCUGCUGUACGGUGGUGUAUUCCCUCCUGAUUCAGCGCUGGCCUGCAGCAAGAGCAACACAAGCAGUGAAUUCCACCAGAAAAGCACCAAAAAGACCCAAAAGACUGAACCCAAAAGAUGUAAGUCAGGGACAGAGGACAAAAUUGUACCCUCAGCAUCGCCUGAUAAUGCUGUAAAUGUCUCAGUGAGCGGUGAGGGAAGGGAUGGUUCAAAGUGUGGUGAGCGUCCCCCCACCUCAACCGCCUCUUCACCUCUACAUCAAGGCUGUCAGUCAACACAGGCCGUUAAGACUAAGAACCCCCGGCCGCGGGUUGAACUCAAGCUCAGCAAAUGUACUUUACAUCAUCAUUUGAAGGCCGCAGAUGAUGUGACACACUCUAGGACUCGACAGAAGACGAGGAUCAUCAUGUCACUGUCCUCACCGGCACCGAGCAAAGGCAUCUCCGUCUGUGGCUCCCUGGAGACGUGGACGAUGGCCCCUCCUUACGCUGCACCUCCUGUGUGUGGGAACAAAGGUGGAAGAGGAGAGGAACCCGGUGAAGAAGAGCUCAGAGAGGACACAAAGAGCUUAGUUUAUGAGACGAAAGAGGAACUGUGACGCAUUACAUACAAACAGCUGGGAUCUAAAGAGCUUUGUAUAAAAACAGAUCCACACUUUGGACAUCUGGUGCUGUUUUACUCUCAGAGAAAUGCUAAUAAAUGUUAAAUGUGACAAUAAAGAAUCUGUCUGCAUUUGAAUAA